GCCUCUGACGCCGCCAUGGACGCGGCCGAGGUGGAGUUUCUGGCCGAGAAGGAGCUGGUUACCAUCAUCCCUAACUUUAGUUUGGACAAGAUCUACCUUAUUGGGGGCGAGCUGGGCCCCUUCAACCCGGGGCUGCCGGUGGACGUGCCCCUGUGGCUGGCCAUUAACCUGAAGCAGAGACAGAAGUGCCGCCUGCUGCCCCCAGAGUGGAUGGACGUGGGUGAGGACGCGGGCCCCUGUCCCGCUGCGGGGGUCCCCAGGGCAGAGCCACUGCUGCUGCUGUCAUCCCAGGAAAAGUUGGAGAAGAUGAGGGAUCGUGAACGAAAAGAGGAAACUUUCACCCCAGUGCCCAGCCCUUACUACAUGGAGCUUACCAAACUCUUGUUGAAUCAUAAAUCCUUUUUCACUCCUGUCUCGACCGAGACGCCAAUAUGAGCCACUGCCAUCGCCAAUAUGAGCCACUGCCAUCUCCAAUGUGAGCCUUUCCCUUAACUGUGUGUGAUUCAUUUAGUGCAGCUUUGUCCCUCUGCUCUGUUUGAAGUGUGGAUCUGAGUUUUUUAGUAUUGCAUAGAAGAGGCAUUGGGCUCACAUCUGCUUUUGUCCUGAGCUGUGGGGAAAGCUCCCUCAUGGUACUUGGUAGAUUUAGUAUCUGGGCGUGCAUAGAUGAAAACACAUCAUAGUGAUCCCUUAGCUUGUUUGCUUAUAUCCACGUUAGCUCCUCACUGCCUUCUUAUUUGUUCUUCAUGUGACAACCAGAGUGAUCUUUUAAAGGCAAAGCUGCCAUGAGCCUCCUGUGCUUAAAAUCCUUGGAAUCUUUCCAGGGUUUUAGUCUAUAAUCCUGACUGUGGCAUUCAAACCAGUGCACAGACUAGUGUGUGUUUCUUCUUUCCUCAUUCCCAACUAU